AUGACCGAACAAUUAGGAGGUCGUUAUGCGGCCUCUGAGAAUGGUAAGGUAGUAUGCAAUAGGAGUACAUAUGGUGCACCACUCCAGACAGUAUCUACACCAACAGGAGUAGAAGAGUCUUGGGUAGCUGCACAUACCCAACCUCGACGUGAUGAAUUAACACUUGGGACGACAUAUCCUGCCGAAGGAGCCUGUUCGGACAACGUUGCUAGCAGCAGUGCCACCAUCUACUCGGUUGGUGCCUUCUAA